UCUAGCGGAGUGCUCGUCGGCCUCCCACCCCAAAGAAAAAAUUGGCCAGUUCCUGGAACCAGUUCGCGAUUUGUUCUUUGUUUCUUCAACGUCCAGCUUGCAAAAAAAGGCUCUUUGAAUUUUUUUUUCUUGUACUUUUAAACCACUCUUUAGCGGUCCUAGCAUAUAGUUUUGGAGCUAAAAAAGGUUUCCUCUUGCAUAAUUCCCUCCUCGUUUUCUCCGUAAUUAGCUAUUCCCUCCUUUCCCUAUAAUUUGUAAGAUGUCGACGACACAGUGUGAGCAGACGGGCACAGCAGGGGGCGUGGGUGUGGAGGUGAGCCUGUCUCCGCAAACGCGGGGGUUUAUCGUGCCCGGACCGGGGUGCGUUCUUCGAGGCAGCGUGCGAGUUACUGCGGCGGCGGGUGCAGUGGACAAGAUCGAGGUGCGGUACCGGGGCAUUGAGGUGGUGGGUGGCACUGUGGACGACGACGUGGAUGACUUUGACGGCCAGCCGGCGCGCAAGGGGGUGCGGGUGCUGACAAGGGCGUAUUUUGAUGAGCGGCUGGUGGUGUGGGACCAGGCGACGGGGGCGGGGCUGGAGUGGGGAGCGGAGCAGACGCUCGGGUUCAGCAUCGGUAUGCCGCGGGCCAACUACCCGGCGGAGAUCAGGAGCACGCAGGGCCCUGAGUCGCAGCAUUUUGAGAUUUGCUACCAGCUGGUGGCACUGGUGUUCAAGGGCGAGGAGGUGGUGGCCCGGCACGUGCACCGGGUGCCGUUCACGCCGAGCCUGAGCAAGACGAUCGUCGAUGUGCCGCAGCCGGCGGUGUCGCGCACGGCGUACGACGACCGCGGCAACGAGUGCCUAGUGACGCGGGUCACGCUGUCGCAGCCCGAGUAUGUGCCUGGCGACCAGGUGCUGGGCGGGGUGUUUAUUGAGAUGCACAGCAAGGCGAACAAUGGCCGCACGGUGCGCAAGGCAGAGUGCCAGCUGCGCCAGCGGAUCGAGUGCCGCAUGCGUCGGUCGGGCAGCGAGGGCAGCGGGGCUGGAGCGCGGCCGCAGUCGGCGCCAGGCGAUGACUCGGAUAUUCUGUGGACGCGGGUGGUGGAUCUGGAGCCGCCACAGACGUUGACGCUGACGUCGUAUGGGGUGGGGCUGGCCGCCAUGGCCGAGGGCGCCGAGAGCAGCCAUGAGCUGCAUGGCGGCGGUGGCAGCAGUCUAAUGGCCGGAUACAAGGCGUGCAGCGCAAACAUCCACACGGUGAUGCCGAUCAACACGCCGGUGAUUGCCGGGCAUUUCCUGGCGUUCACAUAUGAGCUGCUGGUCACGGCGACCGUGGCGGGGCUGGCCUGGGGCAUGCAGAAGGUGUCGACGCGCACGGCCAUCGGCAGCCUAGCCGAGGCUGGAUCGCCGACCUGCGAGAGCGCACCGGCGAGCGCCUUUGGCACCGUCAACUCGAGCGUGUCGCUCAAGUCGAUGGACGAUCCGAACCGGUUCUCGGUCGAGGCCUUCAAGCAGCAGGGCAAGUCGCGGUUCAGCAUGAUGACCAUCAACACCGUGGCUGCUCGUGACUGUCGGCGUCAUGCCCAAUGCAGUCGAGAUUAUGCGCGCAAAGACCGAGGACCCGGUCAAGCCGAAGCUGUUUUUGGAUGACCAGGCGGACUCUGAGAUCCUGGGCGAGCCAGACAGCCGCAGGCACAGUGGCGUGAUGGCUGAGGUGGAGGACGCGCCAGAGAAGCCCGAUUCGGCACAGCAGAGCUGCGGGUCCUCGGACAUCCUGUCGGCUGUUGGCAAUAGCAGCAGCAGCAACCACCGGUCGACGAUGAACCAGGGCGUG